AUGCUGUUGGUGGUCACAACUUUAUUGCUCUUAUUGUUCAUGUCAAGGUCAGAACAAGCCACCAACGCAAAAACGUUGGAUAUUAACUGCAUGUUUCUUGGAUAUCCUGAAUUAGAAUACGACGGGUUUGACCGAACUGAGGUUUUAAAUGAAAAAAAUUUUAACAAAACAGUGCUUGCAAGUGACUCUAGAACAAUUGUUUUUUUUAACGAUGUCGAAGAGGAUGAUCCCGAAUUGGAUCAAUAUGAAUGUUUUUUGCAAUUAUCGGCUCAAAUAAUGACCAAACGAGGGUACAGCUUCUACACUGUAAAUACAACGAAAGAGACACGAUUGAGGAAGCAAGAAAAUGUUGAAAAAGGCGAGGAUACAAUCCAUAUCUAUAAAGAUGGCUAUAAAAUUGAAUAUUUUGGCGUUCGCGAUCCAGAAACAUUCGUGUCAUGGCUUAUGGAUAUUCCUGAUGAUCCAGUAACGAUAAUAAAUGAUGAACACGACCAAGAAGGAUUUGAGACAUUAGAAGAUGAUGUUGUCAGAGUAAUUGGUUAUUUCGAACCAGGCAGUGUUGCAUUAAAAGAAUAUGAAGAAGCAGCUGAAGAUUUUAUGGGUGAAGUGGAAUUCUAUGCUGUUGUCAACUCUUAUUGGGCUCGAAAAAUGGGAUUGAAACGAAUUGGUGAAGUACAAAUGUUACGACCAUUUGAGGAUGAUCCUAUUUACGCUCCGACAUCGGUGGAUACUGAAGGAGAAUUCGAAAGUUGGGUUCAGAAACACAAGAAACCAGUAAUGCAAAAAUUAACCCUGCAGAAUUAUUUCAAUGUCUGGAAAGAUCGAGAAGACGAUGAGAAAUUGAUUGUUGCAUUCUGUGAUGAAGAGUCACGCGAAGGUCGAGCAAUGUUCAAAUUACUCCGAAAAAUUGCCGAUGAAAAUAGUGAGCAUGCUGGAACGUUGGAGAUUUCAUUAAUCGAUCCAGAUGAAUUUCCAUUGAUGGUUGAUAUCUGGGAAGAAAUGUUCGGUAUUGAUAUCGAAGGUGGUCCACAACUUGGCCUCGUUGACAUUUCUGACAAAGAAGGAAUAUGGUUCGAUAUGUCACAGCUGAAUCUUGAUGAUCCGAAAAAACAUCAGGAUAGCAACCUGGAAGUACUUCAAUCUUGGAUUGAUCAAAUUAUGAAUGGCAAUAUAUCGUUGGAUGAUGAUGAUGAAAAUAACGAGUCAGAACCACCGAAAACUGCUGCACCACCGAAAUCAAGAAGAAGCAAAAAGGACUUGUGA